AUGGCUAGCACGAACGGCUCAGAGCCGAUCCUUGUGCCCCUUCCUGCCGAGCCUCAAGGGCAAUACGAGACGCCGCCCACCGUAGAGGCCCCAACACCCUACAUAAUCCCCAUCUCUGCCCCUGCUGAGCCCAUCGUCAUCCCCGUCCCUUUCGAUCAACCCGCCAACCCAGACCCACCCGCUCGCAACCUCGUACUCUGCAUCGACGGAUCAGGGAACCACUACGGUCCCUCGGACAGCAACACCAACGUGGUCAAGUUCUUCCGCAUCCUGGUAGAACAGACCGGGGCGCAGGUAUGCUACUACCAGCCGGGGAUAGGCGCCGGAGAAGCGAACGGCGUCAACAGUCUGGGCGUGGCCAUCCAGAAGAGGGUCGAUUUCGCUAUUGGGACACAUCUGGAAGUACAGGUCACAGACGCGUAUAAGUGGCUUAUGAACGCCUACCAAGACGGGGAUAAGAUCUACAUGUUCGGGUUUUCAAGGGGGUCCUAUAUCUGCCGUGCGCUAGCUGGGAUGCUCCAGCGUGUCGGACUCCUCGGUGCAGGGAACUUCCAUAACGUCCCCUUCGCCUACCGCAUAUUCUCCAAGCCCCGUACGCCCGCGAACGACCAUAUCGCCCACGGAUUCAAGACCACAUUCUCCCGCUCCGUGCACGUAGAGUUCAUCGGAGUAUGGGACACUGUCUCGAGUGUCGGGCUUCUCGUCCCGCAAACACUACCCUUCACGUCCGGAAACACCCAUAUCAAGAAGUUCAGGCAUGCUGUCAGCAUCGACGAGCGCAGAGUGCGAUUCCAGGACAACCUCUGGUCCGGCAGUAUAGCCGAAGAAGAACAGGUCAACGAGCACGACGGGCACGUCUCGGUCCAAGGCAGGCACAGCACAGUUGAAACAGACAUCCUCGAAGUCUGGUUCGCCGGCACGCACUCUGAUGUCGGCGGUGGCUGGGGGGACGACGCCUCCCCCAGCCCAGCUGCGCAGGGACCGUGUACGAUGUCCGUCCUCCCCCUGCGGUGGAUGGCGCGAGAAGCGCAGGCCUCCGGAGUGCUGCUCGACCCCGAGUCGCUCGCUUCUCUCCUCCCUUCCCCUAUGUGCACUCAAGACCCUUACAGCGCCUGCUCGACACUGCACAACACCCUCCCCUGGGGCAGUAUUUGGUGGGUCCUGGAAGCGCUCCCCGCUCUACUGGCGACGCGCCGGAGCACGGACGCGAAGGCCGUCUAUGGGUGGGGGAUCCAUUGGGGUCGGGCGAGAAGGAUUCCGGAGGGAGCAAAGGUGCACUGGAGUGUGCAGGUUAGAAGCGAUAGGAUGGGGUAUGUCCCUGCUGGGGGUUGGCCGGAGAGGUUCGACUGGGUGGACUGA